AUGCCGUCCACCAAAGCCAAGAGGCCCCCCGAGCCUGUAUCCGUCCAGCCCCCAUCCCCAACCAUCCGCGCCCCAGACUCCCCCACCCCGCCCGCCCCCGCCUCGCCGUCGCUGACGCCACCAGCAUCCUCCUCAUCCGCCACCUUCCCCCGGCCUAACAGGCUGCGAUCGCGCACAUCGACCAUGACAAACAUCUACGUGCCCCCUUUGCCGCCUGUCAUGUCGAGAGAAAAUUCGGCAGAGGAUGUGCAUGAGCACCAUCCCUACAGCACGGCGCCGAGUAUGCUGCAGGUGCCGGUGCCUUCGGCCGGACAAGGCAUCGGGCGGCGAGCGAGUAAAUCAGUAUCGGGCGCUCAGCCAGAGAUCGUCUUGACGCCGUCGAAACCCCAAUACUGGACACCGCAGACCCACCAAACGCCCGCAUUCACGCCCACCUCUCCCGAGACGGAUAUGCGCAACAUCGUCAAGCGGCGUACGUCCACCCCGAGCUUGCACAACCAAUUCUCACGAGGCGAGGAGCAAGAAGACGAUAACGGGCUUCGGGCGCAGUUUUUGUCGCAGGACAAACCGGUGCAGCAGAGGGAAGUGGCGUCGAGAGCGAGGAGCACGAGUACGAGUGUGGUGGUGCCGCAGACGCAGGAUUUGACGGAAAACUCGGUCAUUGCUGGGAAACCCAUCAGGCCGUUAUUACAGAGUAGCGCCACGCAACAGCCGCCGCCACCGCCUGUUUGGUCCCCUGCGCCGUACCCCAUCGCCGGGCCAUCACGCUACGACGAAGCUCCUUCGCCAGGGUACCUCGCCUCGGCAUACAACUAUACAUCCCACCUCGUCAACUAUGUCCGCCCUACCACGUUCGCGCACCACUCGUACCACCACCCCGAAUCGUCCGAGGCGGAUGAUUCAGAAAAGGGCCAGAUUGGAUCAGAGGACGAGACGCUAGAGAUCGAAACGAGGAUGAGCGAGGAAAGUGCUCGGCGGGGACGGUACUGGGUCUACGGUUCAGAAGACAGUAAUUCAAACUAUUUCGACUUGCCGCCCACACCGCCCGAGAGCUCGGAUUUCCAGACCUUCCCCGCUGCUUUGCCGAAUUCAGAUUACCUCCCUACCCCGGCACUGUCGACGCGCUCCCUAGCGAGGGACGAUUCGAAACGCAACAAGCUGCGAAAAGCUUUCCGCCGUGCGAGGCAGUCGUCGGGCUCGUCCGAGGGAGGGGAGAAUGGGUGGUGGAGUACCGUCUUGUCAAAAGUCGGGGGAGGAUCCGAAGGGAGGGGUAAGAUGGGGGAGGUGUUGAAGGAGUUGGGGUGGACGGUGGGGGCGUUGGUAGGGAUUUUCGUGGUCAGUUUGGGGAUUGUUGUGUGGUUGGUCAAGAGUAUUCCUAUAACGACGAUGAGGCAUCUGCCAUCAUCGACGACGGAUGUGCAGCUCUUGUCGGCAGAAAUUCGCACGUAUAUGGCUUCCAGUGCUUAUGGGUGGUGGCAUACCGUUGGGGUUUUGACGUUUGUGGGGUGUUGGAAACAUUCUUGGAGUGUCCCCGGUGCUGUCGUCCUUAAUAUCCUCGUGGGCUCGUUAUUGGAACCCAUUCCAGCCCUCAUACUCUUAACAAUCAUCACCGCCUCCGGCUCUCUCGGCGCAUACAUGCUCUCAAGACCCCUCGCCCCGCUCAUCUCCGUCCUCUUCCCCAAACCACUCGCCCUCGUCCGCGCCGCCCUCACCCCCGAAAGCAUCCCUUCCCCCGUCUCCUACCCCGGCGAGAAAAUCACACCCAUCGCCGUCUCGUCCGACCCGUCCGAGAAGCCUAUCGGCGAUGCGGCUGAUUCAGAGCCCACGGCGAUCUGGAGGAAGUUGCUGGUCAUGCGCGCUAUGGGUUUCGUGCCGUGGAGCGGUAUGAAUGUCGCCUGCGGUGUCGUUGGGGUGGAUUGGAAAGUCUUUUGGUUGACUACCGCUGCUGGCAGUAUCUCUUGGAGUUAUGUCACGGCUAGCGUGGGCAACAUCUUGUCCCGCUUGCAGGUGCAUGCCGCUGCUGUGGGCCAAGUAGGGGAGGCGAUGGAGGGCGAGAUGGCGGGGGAGAGCUUGACGAGUUUGUUGAGGGAUCCAGUGUUGAUUACCAAGUUGGUGCUCCUUUCGGGGCUGACCUUGAUACCGGUGAUUCUGAAGAAGAGGUCGCCUCAGGCUUCUGCUUCUGCUUCUCCCUCCCCGUCGCCAAGGCCCAACUCUUUCGACUUGUCUCCCAUCCCAACACCAUCCACUGCCCACCCCAUCUCUUCUCCCAGACCGAUCAAUCCCAAAAUCAACACCCUCCGCCUCUCCUCCUCUUCCUCCUCCCUCGAGAAUGCCCCCAUGUCACCUUUGUCGACGUCGCUGGCAAAGUUUACACCGACACCGAGGAUCUUUGAUCUGCUGAGCUUUGGAAGGCUGGUAGUGAGGCAAGGUGGUAGGGGCGCGGUUAGUGGGGUGAGGGCAGUGGGGAGUGGGGUGAAAGCGGUGGGGCGGAGUUUGGGGUUGAGCUGA